AUGGCCACCAGCAAACCGGAACCCAUCUCUGAAGUCGCACUGGACACCGUCAACGAACUCGCCGACCGCGACGUAGACUCCACAGACUCAUCGGCUCGGUACGCGGCCUACGGUGCUCGUUUGCGUACGGCUCUGCGCGCAGGCCACCGCUAUCUUGCCUACACCAGUGAUGUUGGCGAGGCAUUUCGACCGAUCGUACCACCGUUCGCCGUGACCGCAGCGUACGGUAUAAGUUGGAUGUACUUGAUAGGCGACGUGGGGUACGAGACCUACAAAGCGCACAGACGUGGCCCGUCCGCCACUGAGGCGGCAAACUUCACCGAGACGUCUCGCCUCGGCAUGAUUGCCGUCAAGCGUGCCGCAUUUCAGUCGAUUGCCUCAAUGGCACUGCCGGCAUUGACUAUUCAUACAGCGGUCAAGCAGGCGAAGAAAGUCUUCGAUAAGUCGAAGAACACUCGCAUCCGCGCCUGGGGGCCGACAUUCACCGGUCUGGCUAUCGUACCCGCGCUACCGUAUCUCUUCGAUCACCCUGUUGAGAAGGCUACGGAUCGUGCGUUUGAGUGGAUUGAGGAGCGACUGGUCGAACGCAACGCCGCAAAACGUGAGGCCGAGAAUAGAUCCAAGCCGACGUAG